GGCAUGACAAGACUGCAUCGCUAGCUUCUCCACACUUCAAUAAAAGCUCACCCCUCGCCUGUUCGCUUCUCGCCUCUCUUUCAUCAUCUUUACACUUGUUGCUUUUCGUUUGCAGCAAUCGCACUCGUCCUCUAUUCAUAGCGGCGAGCCGCCCGUUUCAGACUUUCUGGAACGAAGCUUCGUUGGCCAACCAGCUUGCUUUUUAGCCCUUCCCAGAGCCGCACCCCAAAGUCGUAAACAGAGCAUUGUCUCAAGAACAAAUAUAUAAAGAAGCCUCUCGGAGCAUUCAGUUGCAUCUAAAUCAACUCUCCUCGCCUAACUAAUCAAUUUACUCUUUUCUUCCCAUCGACCACAUCCCCCGACAGUAUGACGCAAGCGGUAGCCAAGUAUGCAGCGAAGAAGCUGCUGAACAAGGAGAUGGACAAGUACAAGUCGAAGAACGUUACGGAUUAUGACCCAUUCUACGAGACAAUCGAAACUCCAAAGGGCAAAAAGAAGAAAGUCAAGAAGCAAAUUCCCGCCUACAUCCCUGCCGAAGACGCCGAUAUCCUCGCCAACGCCCGCCGAAGGGCAUACAUGCUCGAUGUGUGCCUCUUCAACUUCUGUGGCAUUCGAUUUGGCUGGUCUGCAGUGAUUGGCCUCGUUCCUGCUGUGGGCGACGUCCUCGAUGGGUUCUUCGCUUGGCGCCUCAUCGAAAAAAUGGACAAAGUCCAGUGCGGCCUCGACGGCAUUAAAAGCCGAAUGUAUCUGAACUUGAUCCUCGACUUCCUUGUUGGGUUGAUUCCAUUUGUCGGCGAUCUCGCCGACGCGGCAAUGAAGUGCAACUCUCGAAAUGUCCGAUUACUAGAGAAACGGCUUGACGCCGUCUACAAACCACAGCAACUCAUCGACGACGAGGAUAGAAAGAUACGGGAGAAGAAGCUGAAAAGGAGAUCUGCUCCUGCCACCGUGUAUGAGGACUUUGACGAUGACAUGGACUCAAGGCCGCCCUCCUACGAUAGCCACCACGAUGACGUUCGUCGACCGGCCCCCGCAUAUUCAAGUCGAAGGGAUCGCGUUCCAGACGAGGAGAUGGGGCUCCCGAGACAUGAUACCCACAGGUCAACUAGGAAUCAGAAUCCAAACCGUCACGGAACUAGGAAUGGUCGGAGAUAGAGCUACAGGACUCCUGUACAACAGUCAUUCAAAUGCACCGGAGUAUGCGUAAUUUUGUCUCAUUAGCAUAUCUAUUGUCUGGGCAGUUUCGUUACUUGCAUUUCAUUUCAAUCAUUCCAUUCAAGAGCGUUGUCCAAACCCCUUUACCGAUUACCCAGCGUCUAGCAUAGUCUUCCAUCGAUACCUGCCCCUGUAAUUUACUCUCGUGAUCGAGACCGGAGAUGCUCCAGCAGCAAUUCCAUUCUCACAUGUAUAGAAACUGUAAUGUUAGCCUUGAU